GAAGCAGACACAGAUGAGAACCAAGGAACCCUAAAUUUUGAAGAAUUUUCUGUGUUUUACAAGAUGAUGUCCUUACGUCGAGAUCUCUACUUGUUGCUCUUAAGCUACAGUGACAAGAAGGAUCACCUCACUGUUGAAGAACUUGCUCAGUUUCUGAAGGUGGAACAAAAGAUGAAUAAUGUGACGCCAGAGUAUUGUCUUGAUAUCAUACAGAAGUUUGAAGUCUCCGAAGAAAACAAGAAGCAAAAUGUUCUUGGGAUUGAAGGUUUCACCAACUUCAUGCGCAGCCCUGCCUGCGAUAUAUUUAACCCACUGCAUUGUGAAGUGCAUCAGGAUAUGGACCAGCCCCUCUGUAACUACUUUAUUGCUUCGUCUCACAACACGUACCUGACAGGAGACCAGCUGCUGUCCCAGUCCAGGGUGGAGAUGUAUGCGCGGGUGCUGCAGGAUGGUUGUCGGUGUAUUGAAGUGGAUUGCUGGGAUGGUCCAGAUGGAGAGCCAGUAGUGCACCAUGGCUAUACCCUUACUUCUAAAAUACUCUUCCGUGAUGUGGCCGAAACUAUCAAUAAAUAUGCCUUCAUCAAAAAUGAGUUUCCAGUGAUACUGUCUAUUGAAAACCACUGCAGUAUUCAACAGCAAAAGAAGAUCGCUCAGUACUUGAAGGAGAUACUUGGUGACAAACUCGACUUGUCAUCUGUAGUCACUGGAGAUUCCAGACAGCUUCCCAGCCCUCAAAAUCUGAAAGGGAAAAUCCUCGUGAAGGGUAAAAAGUUGCCAUACAGCCUUGGAGCAGAUGCUGAGGAAGGAGAAGUUUCAGAUGAGGAUAGCGCCGAUGAAAUUGAAGACGACUGCAAGUUAAAGGCCUGCUAUAGUAAUGGUGCAACUGAGCACCAGGUGGAAUCUUUUAUAAGAACAAAACUGGAAUCUCUGAUAAAAGAAUCCCAAAUCAGGGACAAAGAAGAUCCCGACAGCUUCACUGUGAGAGCGCUGCUAAAGGCAACUCACGAGGGUUUAAAUGUUAACCUGAAGCAGAACCUGGACAUGAAAGAAGGUGGAAAAAAGUCUCAUAGUCGAUCAUUAAUGGGCAACUUCGGGAAACACAAAAAAGCUGUGAAGGCAGCAUCCAAAUACCACAGUGCAUCAGAUGAUGAAGAAAGCCAGCAAAACUCUUCUGGAAAGGACACAGGGCAGCUCCACAGACUGGCUCGUCGAAGAAAAACGGUGAAGCUGUGCCGAGCUCUGUCUGACCUCGUGGUGUACACGAACUCUGUGGCAGCCCAGGAUAUUGUCGAUGAUGGAUCAACAGGGAACGUGCUGUCAUUCAGCGAAACAAGAGCCCACCAAGCAGUGCAGCAGAAGGCCGAACAGUUUAUGCUUUACAACCAGAAACAGCUUACAAGGGUCUAUCCAUCAGCCUACCGGAUUGACUCCAGCAAUUUCAAUCCUUUACCCUACUGGAAUGUUGGUUGCCAGUUAGUGGCACUAAACUACCAAUCCGAGGGACGCAUGAUGCAAUUAAAUGAUGCAAAAUUUAGGGUAAAUGGCAACUGUGGUUAUGUCCUCAAACCUCAGCAGAUGUGCAAAGGCACAUUCAACCCCUACUCUGCUGAUCCACUUCCUGCGAGUCCCAAAAAGCAGCUUAUUCUGAAAAUCAUCAGUGGACAGCAGCUACCUAAGCCUCCUGACUCCAUGUUAGGAGACAGAGGAGAGAUAAUAGAUCCCUUUGUCGAGGUGGAAGUUAUUGGGUUACCUGUUGACUGCUGUAAAGAUCAAACCAGGGUGGUUGACGACAAUGGGUUUAAUCCUGUUUGGGAGGAGACACUCACUUUUACCAUCCACAUGCCUGAGAUAGCUUUGGUGCGAUUUCUUGUUUGGGACCAUGACCCUAUUGGGCGAGACUUUGUUGGACAAAGAACUCUGGCCUUUAGCAGUCUCGUGCCUGGUUAUCGUCAUGUAUAUUUAGAAGGACUGACAGAAGCAUCCAUAUUUGUCCAUAUAACCAUUAAUGAGAUCUAUGGAAAGUGGAGCCCUUUAAUCCUCAAUCCCAGUUACACAAUAUUGCACUUUCUAGGAGCCACAAAGAAUAAGCAGCUGAUAGGACUCAGAGGGCUGUUUAACAAGAACCCUAAGCACAAUUCUGCUGAAGCCAGCGGGCACUAUGUACGGAAGCGAUCUAUUGGCGAUCGAAUUCUCCGACGCACAGCCAGUGCACCAGCAAAAGGUAGAAAGAAAAGUAAGAUGGGUUUUCUGGAAGCUACUGAAAUUAAAGACAGUGCAUCUGAACCGACAGACUUGAAAGACAAAGAAGGAGUUGUAAGGCGUACAAGCCGAAGUUUGCAAGCGCGUCCUGCUUCUAUGCCCGUGGAGAAAUAUCUUCUUGUAGGACUUCCGUGCCCAGAAGAUGCAACUGCCCAAGAUGCCAAAGGAAAAGAAAACGCAUCUGCCAACAGUGAUGACAAUACAAAUGAGAAGGAAACAAACUUGGAAGAAUCUGUUUUUCCGUGUUCUGAGAAAAACCCAAAUGCUUCAAAUUUGACAUUUCAAUUUAAGAAGGAGAAUGACCAGCAGGAGACUACAGAUGACCCUUUAGUACCACCCCUACAGGAGCAAGCUGAACAUUUAGGUUUUGCAAGUGGUGCAGCUGAAACCAAUUGUCUCACAGGCUAUCGGGAAAAUAAUGUUUCUGAUGAAACUGUCCAUCUAAUGCAGGACACCGAAUUUGAAGUUUCCACAGAAAAAACACAUGACAAAAACUGUGCAGACAAAAAAAGGGAAGAUGACACAGAAGGGUAUAGGGAGGAGAAAAUAACUCUAGUGGGGACUUCUCUUUCUCAGAAAGCAGAGAUGGAAAAUCACAAAUAUGACAUCACCAAGAAAAGCACUGCAGCACCUCUUUCUUUGGCAGAUGUAUCUGCCACCAUUUGCUCUGAGCUUCCUGAUUUGCACUCCACUUUAACCAUGCAAGACAGUGACAUUUCUCGCCUUAUAGAUGAAGUCUCUUUAGCGAACGAGAGCGAGAUGGAUAGCGCUGUCUCAGCUCUGAUCGGACAGUUUGACGUCACGGAUGACCAAAGUAAUCUUACUGCGGUCUCAAGCCUCCAUGGCGCCAGCAACCAGACCUUCAGUGUGAUGGCUACACACCCACACAUGCUCUCUGCGGGUCUUGACAGUCCCUGUAAGCACAACUUUACUGCCACAAAACCCAUCAAAUCCCCUUUAUUCUCAACUCCAGACACCACCGUGUUCUCCAGCCCUGAGACUGCAGAGUAUUCUGCGUACACCAUUAUCCAUGAGGCAACUCUUACACCAACUUCUGAAUGUAAGACCCACAGCCAAUUAGUUUGCAAGCAAAACUUAAACAGUAUAGAAAAUAACCUGCCUGGCUGCCCUUGUCCUUCAUCUCUCUCCUUGCUCAAUGCAAAUCCCGAAACAAAAUGUGGAACAAGCUGGGAAACCCCCGAGUCUGCCAGUUCUUUUGCUUCCAACAGCCUCAUCUUUGAGGAGACACUUGUUGACCCUCCCACGGGUGAGAAUUCAGAAAGCAGCAGUCUUGUAGAAGUAGAUGGGGAUUCUCAAGAUCUCUUGGUAACUGCGUGUGAGUACAAAAGGGAAGACAUGAGCCAGCUGGCUUCCCCUCUGAGACUGAGGCAGAAGCAGGAUCCUGGUCAUGGUGGUGAGAGGACCUCUGGGAACAGCGUGACUGCUGGGCGCUGUGCUGCUGCCCUGGCCUGCUCGGAUAACUUCAGGACUGCAAGGAAUCAGCUCCCUUUUCCAGUGUGUGAAAAUGUUGGCUUUUUAUAUCAUCAUCUUUCUGAUAAGCAGAAAAAUGUAACAUGUACCUCCGAGACAUCCCAGCUCAACACGCACUCCCCAGCGUUCAAAACCGCUCUGGCUUUCCCAGCUCCUUCGGCCAUCAAGCAGACCAGCCCUUGCAAAUCCAAGAGUCUCGGUGAUUUGACAUCAGAGGAUAUUUCCUGCAAUUUUGAAAGUAAGUAUCAAUACAUAAGUAAAAGCUUUAUCUCAUCAGGCAUGAGAGACAAGAAACUUGCUGCUAUGAAGAACAUGAGACCACAUUCCACGGAUGCUCUGACGGAACAGCUGAGGAAGCUGGUGUCCCUGGACCAGGAGGACAGCCGUCAAACGCUCUACUCCAGGCAGAUCGAUGAAGACUGCCCAAAGGCGCUGGUCAGAAAACUCUCGUCCAGAAGCCAGAGCAGAGUGCGCAAUAUAGCCAGCCGUGCCAAGGAGAGGCAGGAGGCCGCCAGCAAGCAAAAACCUUCCAACACAAGCAGCAUAGCUGGGGUCGUCCUCCGGAACAAGCCUUCUGCAUCUCCCCACAUUAUCAACAGGCACUCGACAGGCUCGUACAUAGCCCGGUACCUGAACGGCUUCCCUGGGGAGGACGGGGAGGGCCGAGGAAUACCGGAGGGCGCGUGCGCUGCCUUGCAUUACGGCUGCGGUGACCAGUUGUAUGCACACGAGUCUGUUCUGCAGCUGGAACCCAACAGCGAUGAUAAGCCGGAAAUU